UACCUCGAUGUAACUAUGACAACGACCGGAGCAACUACUUACCCUGCCUUAAUUCUCUACGUGACGUUGCAACCAUAUCUCCACGAGAGAAAAAUAAAUAAUACGGGAUAUCUUCCAAUCACACCCUCACGGAGUCCAAGUGCAUAGGGAUUUAUCGUAAACCAUUUUAUAUUUGCUUUGUCAUUGGAAAGUUCUGCGAAUGCCACAAGUUACUCUUCAGUGCGCGCACGUGGGUAUAAUUCCGUUAAGCAAAACGCGGCGAUAGCGACGUUCCGAAAUUUGUUGUAAUAUCAAAUAGACGACAGGAACGGUGGUAGAUAUAAUGGUUGUUGUGGAUAGGAGGGAAGCUUUCAUAGUUUCCACAGCAAGUUAUUUCUUCGGGAUUUCCCCGAGUAAUGCGCUGGAGCCUGAGGACCAUAUGGUCCUUGACAGAUUUCUCGACACUCCUCAGUCUAGAACCUUGUGCGCUCAACCGGGCGAUGCUGAUGAUGCCUCGCAUUUGAGGCUGAGUAAUGAAGCAUCUAGUGAGAAGAAAACACUAGUGUUCUUCAAGCUAUCAGCAUCAUCCAUCACGAACGAUAACUUUCACGAGCUAGUGCAAGUGGCUUCGACGGGUGGAAAUUCAGGAUCAGCGUUGAUAGAAGCCCUCCGUCAAGUAUGGGCCCCAACAUUGCAGUCUUCCGGUCUGAACACGUCCUACCUCAAGAAGCUAGAAGAGGACCUGCUAGGGCCGCGACCGCCGUCGACCCUCCUCGAGGAAGAGGGCUCCUUUCGGAAGAGGAGAGAAGACGCGAAGAAGUCCAGCGACAGAAAAUUGUUCGAAGAGGCCGGUAAAAUCGUCAAAGAUAUCAGAGUCGAGCUGGAGAGUGCAGCCAUCUCCAGGGACGGUCUAUCAGGGGUUGAAGAAGUCCUCGAGGCAGUCGCAGGGAGCGUCGAUGACCUGUGGAAGUUGGACGGUCCAGUCUACUCCGAAGAGCAAAUGAAAUCUCUCUUGAACAUAAUUGGUGAUGAAGUCGUCACGCUGGUGCAGUCCUUGCUGGACGAAAUCCGGGGCACGGAAGUGCGAGUGAGGGAUGAGGCCUUCAAGACCGCUGCCAACGUCUGCGAAAAGUGGGUGAAUGUGUCCCAGCGUCUGACGUCUCUCUUCUGGCCGCAUCACUCUCUCCAUCCGUGGAAAGGGGCCUCAUUCUCACCCCCGAGAUGCUCCAAAUUCGCGGAUCGAUUGAAGCAAGCGUCCGAAGUCCGUCUCCAGCAUCGCCAACUGACCCGUCUCCUUACGGAAAACGAGAGAUCAUUGUUGGGGACUGACAAUCUUCUCCAGAAUUUCGACGACAUGAAGAUCGUUCUGGGGGAAGAGGGAAAGGACCUGGAGUGGGAGCGACUGAAGAGAAGACUCGAGGAGAGUCUGGCGCCUGCUGAAGAACGUGUAACCGAGAAACUCAAGAAGCAAUUCGCCGGAGCAGGCAGUCCAGCGCUCCUCGUUGGUGAAUUCCAGAGGUACGUUGAGCUGAUGAAGCGUGAAGGGAUCAAGAGAGCUUUACAAACUGAGCGAGAGUCCCUGCUGGCAGCUCUAGAUGAUCUCGUUGAGACCUAUCAGAGUGGUCCGGAUACUGAAGACCUUCUCGACGUUCCACGGAUCCUCCAGGAGGUACAGGCGGCCAGAGCGGCUGAAGUCAGGCUGGAGGAUCUUCAGAAUCUAUCGAAGGAUCUGUUGUCCGAUCUCCCUGGGUUCAAGGACGCCAUCUCUAGAAUCUCCGCGGGGCUGAAAGACGCAGAAAGCAAGCGUCAGAACCUCGUGGAGACUUGGGUGAAUGAAACUAGAGACGCCAUCAACAGCAAAGAACUGACACUUGGAGCAGAUUCCGCGGUGGUGGAACUGGUCGGGUCGAGCAUGAUGAAGGUGAAUUAUGAUCCCAGAUUGACACAGCUAGUAAAGGAGGCUAGAGCAUUGUCUGGACAAGGUAUAGAGCUCCCUCGAGAAAUAAGGGAGCUUGUGGAACGUGCAGGGGCACUCGCUGGAAGGGCUAGAGCUCUCCAGCAGGUGGCCAAUUUUCAUAAUACCAUUGGAGACCGGAUGGUUCCUUCCCAGCGGCCUCUCAUGCUGGCUACAGCUCUGGAACUUGCCAGAGCCGUUCACGAGCAAUCUGGAGUUGUCUGGUCGGAUCUCCACGCGGUAGACGUCUACACCGCUCGUCUCCGGGAGUUUGUCCGGAAAUUUGCGAGACAGAAUUCCGAAUUAGCAGCUAAACAUGUUUAUCUGAGAGAUCUGGUGACAGGAUUGCUGAAAGGGGAAGUCGUGAAUCUUGUUGGGAGUCAGUCGGCUUGGAAGGAUGCCCUCAGGAAUAUGAGGUCCGUUGUUGACGAGGUCGAUUCACAUUACGGUAACACCAAAGCCUGGAAGUUACACUGGGACCGACAACUCCUGAAGGUACUCGGUGUAGCUUACAGAGCGGCCCUUCCUAAUCUGAUCAGAAAACUCCAGGAGAUCAGGGUCGAGUUGACAUUCAGGGAGGGCUGUCUGCAGUGGCGUCCACCCCUCGAAGAAAUACGAGCCAAACUCUAUUCCGGUGUUAGAAGAUUCCUUGCGAUUCCGACGAAUUUCCGAGGAGUUGGUGAUCCCACUGACGGAAAAUUCGGAAGUCUCGUGCAGAGGAGCGCUUACUUGUAUGGUGGUGUUUACAAAGAAGCAGAAGUAGCGCUUUCUGGUCUCGAAGAGGUCAGGAUGAAGUGGAUUCCACUGGCUGCACCAGCGAGGAUUGAUAUUGGAGAGCAGUUGAAAGGAAAGUCUCCACAAGACUGGGAAAAAGCUUUCAAAGACGCAAAGCAGUGGGCCCAGGAAGUUGGAAAGCUGAGGGGAGGGGAGGUCAGGGUCUGGUGCUUGUGUGUUGAUACUUCGACGACGAGAAAUGACUUAGAGUCGGCUUCGAGGAGGUACUGGGAUAGAUUGUCCUCGGAUUUGCGGACAGAGGCGUCUUCGAGGCUAGUGGGAGUUGUGGAUUUCCUGUCGGCUGCUGCUAGGGAAUUGGAGCGACGGCCGAAGGAUGUAGAGGAGGUCGGGCUCGCGUUUGAAGCGCAUAAAAGAAUUACAGAGGAAUCUUCGGGGGUUGGAGAAGAGUUGGAAGCUGUGACUGGAUUGGCCAGGGUCAUGGCUGCAUGGACCAGGGAGAAGUUAGAUGGAAUCACUGGAGCACAUGCCGCUUGGGAAGGCCUUGCAGAUCGUUUAGAAAGGCACAAAACAAUUGUUGCCCGUCAGUUAGAAGACGCAAAGAUCAAUUUACGUCAUCGGGCAGUCGCCCUCAGGGACGAAAAGGAGAGAUGGGAGGCUCGAUGGUCCGCCAAACCCGAAACGAUCACCCUGGACUGGGUCGCCUCGAUGAGAGAACGCUGGACAGUCCUGGAAGAGCAGAAGGAUUCACUUAUAUCCGACUGCACUAGAGUAGAACUAAAUCUUGAUGAAAUCCUUGAGGACGAUGUUGAGGUAUCAAGACGACUGGAGGCGGAACUCGACGCGGAGGAAUCCAACUGCCGAUUCCAGGAAGAAUUUCUGAAGGAGCUUGAGAAUCAAGAGGCUGAGGAGUGGAGUGUAGCUCGCAGGAGACUCCCGCGGCUCCAUGAUUGGCUGGACUCAUGGGAGGCGAGGAUCAAAGUCCAGUUGAAGGACCCGGACGAGACUAGGUCAGGGCAGCAGAACGAUGUCAUGGAAAUUGACACCUUUGUUGGGAACAAGAUCAAGGAAAUACGGAGCGGUAUCGAGUGGGUGCAGAUCCUGAGGGGGGAUGAACUUGCUGAGGAACACUGGAAUGAUCUGAAGGAGGUCAUCGGGGUUGGGGGGAAUAUGAGGGAUAUUACUCUAGGACAUUUACUGAGAGCUGUCCCGAUGAUUGAGGAAAACGUUGAUAAAGUUAAGGAAAUAUCGAAACGAGCAAUAGCUGAGAGUGGAAUUCGCCAGGCAUUAAUAGAACUGGAAGCUUGGGAAGCAUCCGCUUCUCUGCACCUCCAACAGUCCAAGGACAGUAAAAACACCCCCAUUUACCUGGUGGGUGAGUACGGAGAUCUUCUGGCUCGAGCUGGUGAGCUGAAGCUCCUCCUCGAGGGUGCAAAGGGUGCGUCGGGUUAUGAGCGCUUCGCCGCUCGUGCAGCCCGUUGCGAGACAGCUCUCGUGGAACUCGAGGAGCGACUGAAGGCCUUGGGCUCCUUACAACGAAAGUGGGUAUACCUGGAGCCCGUUUAUGGGAGCGGAGCAGCACCCAGUGACUCAGGAAAGUGGGCGAGGGCUGACAAGGAGUUCCGAUACUUGAUGGGCGAGGUAUCGAGGGAUCCGCGGGUUCCGUCAUUGAGGAGGCUCCCCAUGCCGGCGUUGGUGAGCCUGAAGGACUUGCUGGACAGAUGUCAGAGGAGUUUGGAUGAAUUCCUGGAGGAGAAACGAUCAGCCUAUCCUAGACUUUACUUCCUCAGUGAUGAAGAUCUCCUAGAGCUUAUUUCAGGCAGCUCCGCUGGACUCGACGCCCAUUUGCCGAAAUUGUACCAAGGGGUUGGCUCUGUGCAACGAGAAGGUGGACAACUGACUGCUGUUGUCUCGCCGGAAGGUGAAACGAUGGCAUUACCAGUCUCCAUCGAUCUUGCCGAUCCUCUCCCCACUUGGCUGUCGAAUCUUGAGGAAGUCCUGAGGAAGGCACUGGCUCAGAGCCUCGAAAAAUGCCUCGUCGACCCUAACAAUGACCCCUUCCUCUACCCGGCCCAGGUUCUUCUGCUUUCUGAGAGAAUACACUUCACCGAGAGGUGUGAGUCAGCUCUGCAGAGUGGAAAAUCCGCGCUUAAGAAACUCGUGGACUUCCUGGAGACGCGGAGGGCCAAGUUCAGGGGUUUGGAGGACGCUGGGGAUCCACUUACCGCACAGAAGGCCAGGUGCCUUCUUCUGGACAGUGUUCAUCAUCUUAAUAUCACAAGGAAUCUACUGAGGAUCGUGGAGAGAGGGGAGUCGACCACUUGGACGUGGAACCGUCAACUCAGGUUCUAUAGGUCCCGGCAGGGACCAAUCAUCAAGUGCGCGGGGGCCGAGUUCUCUUACAGGUUUGAGUACCAGGGGGCGGCGACUGGCCUGGUCAGGACCCCUUUGACUGAACGAUGCUUUUUGGCUUUGACUCAAGCGAUGAAACUAGGACUUGGGGGCAGCCCCACUGGACCUGCUGGAACUGGCAAGACGGAGAGUGUGAAGGCUCUUGCUUCCAUACUGGGGAGACUCGUACUUGUCUUCAAUUGCGAUGAAGGAAUGGACGCAGGCGUCAUGAAGAGGAUUCUAGGUGGUCUAGCGCAAGCCGGUGCAUGGGGUUGUUUCGACGAGUUUAAUCGUCUGGAGGAGAAGACCCUGAGCGCUGUGGCGAUGCUGGUCCGGCCUCUCCAGGAAGCUGUGCGGGAUGGCUCCACCCAGGUAACCCUAGGGGAUCAAGUGGUCAACCUGGACCCCCAUUGUUGUGUAUUCAUCACGAUGAAUCCGGCCGGGGAUGACUACGGAGGCAGGAAUAAGCUUCCAGAUUCCCUGGCAAGACUCUUUAGACCCAUUGGGAUGGCUCACCCUGACCGGUACGACAUUGUCAAGUCCUUGCUGGAGUGCGGAGGCUUUCUGGAGGCGUCAGCACUUGCUCACCAAGCUGUCGAAACCCUGGACAUAUCCGAGAAAUUGUUAAGCAAGCAGCCGCAUUAUGACUGGGGCCUGCGUGCCCUCAGGUCCGUUCUAGACGCCAUUGCCUCCUCAGAGACUCAAACCGAGUCGGAGAGGCUUCUUGACGCAAUCAAAGCAGCCAUUCUUCCAAAACUGACUGAAGAAGACACGCAGAAAUUCCUGGAGCUCCUCAGAGACAUUUUCCCGAAGACGAGUACCUCAGGGACCAGCGAUUCCCAAGUCAAACUAGAGUUGAGAAAAGUUCUGGAUGACAUUUGCGAGGCCAAGAGCAUUCACGGGGAUGUGGCCAACCGGUGCGAGCAGUUGUACGAUCAGCUGAAGAAUAGAAGUGGCGUCGCGAUAGUCGGUCCUGCAGGUUGCGGAAAGACUCUGGUGAGGAAUAUGUUGGCUGAGGCUCUCGGGAAGUCUGGAGACAACAUCAAGCAGAUUCUAAUCUUCCCGGGGGCCAUUCCGAAGACCAGACUUCUGGGGAAAGUCGAUCCGCAAACCAGGGAGUGGAAGGAAGGCCUGUUAUCCUGUGCAAUCGCAUCUGCAGGGUCAUCACCUUUAUGGAUCGUUCUGAAUGGCGACGUCGAGCCUGGAUGGGCAGAGGCUCUCAACUCAGCUCUGGAUGACAACAGACUGCUGACACUUCCAAGCGGUGUGGGAAUAAAAUUAGGAGCUGGAGUGAGAUUCAUUUUCGAGACCCACAAGCUAUCUGCGGCUAGUCCAGCGACAGUUUCUCGCCUAGGUGUUGUGCAUCUGGGAAGUGCAAGUCCCUCUGCAUUCCUGAUACCCUCCAAACUCGAUCAGCUGCCGGAAAUGGCCAGGAACGUCGUCAGUGCUCAUCUUCCCUCGGUACUUGACACCGCUCUUAGGUUUUCGGGAGAGACAAUGUCAGCUUCUGGACUCACAGGAGCAGUUUUGUUGCACCUGGUCAAGGCCACUUCGAUGAGUCUCGUGACCAUGGGACUGAUCCUGGCCGUUUGUCGGCAGCUGGAGAGCGAUAUCGGCAGGGAGGAGACGGCCAGGCUAAUUUAUCAACUGACUGACUCUUGGUGUCCAGACCCCGAGAGACCCCUUAACAUCCUCUACAACUCUGAGAUCGAUCGUCUGGAGCCCUUCUCCGAGGUUCAGACGUCAGUCAACACCGAAGACGGACCUGUUUCCCUCUCGAGUGUUCUCCAGCAAGGGCUAAUCACGAUCUUGCCGUGGAUUGAGUCUGGGCAACCGGUUCUCCUGAGGGGCCCCAGAGGCAGUGGGCGAAGCAGUCUCAUCUCUGCUGCACUAUCAUCUCUAAAAGACGGCCUAGAGACUCUCAGCGUGGUGAAAGGGUCUUCCCUAUUCGGUCCUCAGGAUUUAACAGCUCGGCUCAAGAGAUCGUGCGUUAAACUAGAGUCUUCGGUGCACGGGAGAACUUACAGGGCCAGAAGUGGGGGAGCUGUUGUCCUGCUAUUGGAGGAUAUUCAUCUGGCGUCUGAUGACCUUCAGGAGCUCGUCCGUCAAAUCCUCCAAGAAGGUGGCUUUCACGAGGAAGACCUGGAGUUCGCUACCCUCCCAAUAUCCCUCAUUGCCACCGCAGACACAUCAACAAAUCUCCACCCCCGGCUAAGCGCUCUUCUAGCGACAUGUCACCUCCCACACCCGACACCCAAAGCUACAGUUUCCAUAGCCGAAGUCCACCUUCAUAGCUCUCUGAAGUCUCUGAAGAUCCCCUCCACGUGGAUCUCAACCCUCGCUGAUGCGAUGUACGAGUCCCUGUCGUCAGUCACUCAUAAAGAUUCGGCAUUCUCCUGGAGCUCGCGGGAGCUGACCCAGUGGGCAAGGGCCCUAAAGUCCUACCCCGCCCCAGAGCACCAAAAUGUCAUCACGCAGUACCUCUUGGACUCGGGGAGGCGAUUGUUCAACUCGAAACUGCCGGCGAAGGACCAGGCUCGUUGGAAAUCCACGUUGAUGUCCAGAAUCCCGGACGCUACUGAUGGAGCGACCGAAAUUUAUAUCUGGAAGGGUGGCGGCGCGCUACUGCCCUUGGGGCCUGAGGAGUGGCAGCUGGAAAUCGAAGGGGCAGUCACCAAAUGUGCGAGGGAGGGUGAUCCGGUCAAUACGAUAAUUUCUCCUCAUCUUCUGGCGACAGUUGCAGGGAUUUGCUGGGCGUUCGGAAGUGGACAUCGAGGGGUGGUCCUCACAGGGCGUCCAGGUGCCGGUAGAAAAUCAGCAGUGAAAUUAGCUGCUUCAUUCUCGUCUUCACGAUUGAUCGACGCUGGACCCGGUCGAGGAAAAGCUGGGGUGAGAGCUGCUGUGCAGGCGGCUGGAGUCGACGGAGAGCCAACGUUAUUACUGCUGGAAGAGCAUCAUGCCCGAGAGGAGGGUCUGGCAGUUCUAGCCGGAGUGAUGGUUUCCAGAGGUGAAAUUCCUGGACUGGUGUCUCCUGAGGAGCUUGACGGUCUCGUGGCACCUCUGAACGAUCUCGCGAGGAAGGAGGACUUCGCUGGGACUCUUGAUCAGUUCCUUUACCACAGGCUGAGGAAGUUCCUUCACAUCGUCGUCAUUCUGGACUCCUCUGAUGUGAAGAAAGAGUGGCUAAUGCAGUCUGGGCUGCUUCAGCAUUGCAUCCUGGUGGCGACGACACCCGGCAGCGAAUGGUGGACUGUUGAGGCAUCACUGAUGGAAGUCGGGGCUAGAGUUGAUAAGUCGAUAGGUGGAGGAGAGCAGUCGGCGGGAAUGAGGACUCUGGUGGAGGCUCAUCUGCGGUCUCCCAAGGGGCAACAAUCGCCUGGGAGAUUUCUGGCGCUGUUGAACACUUGGAGACAGCUCAAGGACGAAUGGAGUCACGAUGUGGGAAAGAAACUAGAGAGUCUUGAAGCUGGUAUUGGGAGGUUGAGAGAGGCUGGGGAGAGGGUGGCAAAACUGGAAGAGGAGGCGUCGAAGCAACGGAAAGAACUUGAGGAAGAGAAAGGGCGUGCAAAUGCAGCUCUCGAGCAGAUAACAGCAACGAUGCGUGGCGCAACUGGUCAACGUGGAGAAAUGUCAACACUGAAGGCGGAUACUGAGAAGGAGAGUAUCGAUCUGGCUAAGAGAAAAGUGGUCAUCGAACGGGAGCUUGGAAAGGUUGAACCUCUGGUUGAAGCUGCGGCCCAAGCGGUGGCAGGCAUUGGUGCGGAUGCCCUGGCUGAAGUCAGAUCACUGCGAGCCCCUCCAGCUGCUGUUCGCGAUGUAUUGGAAGGGGUUCUGCGGCUUAUGGGGAUCAGAGACACAUCGUGGAACAGUAUGAAAACCUUCCUGGCUAAGAGAGGUGUUAAAGACGAGAUCAGAACCUGGGAUGCGAGGAGAAGCACUCCAGCGAGUCUCGAAGCUGUGGCAAAGCUGAUAAAAGAACGUCCGGACUCAUUUGAAGAGAAAACGGCAAAACGAGCAUCUGUGGCAGCAGCACCGCUAGCUGCAUGGGUCCUGGCAAAUCUCCAGUACGGUCAGAUCCUCCAGCAAGUGGCUCCCCUCGAGCGCGAGCAGCGUCAACUCUCGGAGAAGCUCUCAGCGGCAGAAGCCCAAAUUGACAAACUGGCAGCUGGUCUCAAUUCGGUGGAAACGCGUGUCGCCCAACUCCAGGAGCAGCUUGCCGAGCACUCGAGGGGUGCAGCAGCCCUUCAGCUACGAACUGAAGCCACCGAAGCUAGCCUGUCAACGGCCAGGGCCCUGCUGGAAAAAUUGGACGUGGAGCAUAGUGACUGGCAGACGCAGUUCGAAGCUCUGACGUCGAGGAGGACACGUCUGGAUGUGGAGGCAGCUGAAGUCGCUUCGUUACUCGUGUAUCAAGACCCGGGGAGGGAUGACAAGUGGAAGAAGUCGGCACUGGAGCUGUUGGUUACCGAGAGGGAACGGCUGCUCUGGCGGGCUCAGGAUCUGCCGACUGAUACUGGGAGCCUGGUGGGGGCUGCCUGCGCUCUGAAGGGACCCCUUGUCCCCCUUUUCAUGGACUCUUCAGGUAUUGCUGUUAGCUGGCUGAAAUCUAACUUUGGAAACCGUCUGGAGACGACAAAACCGGAAGACUCGAAGUUCCUGACGACACUGGAGCUCGCUGUUCGUUUUGGAAAGCCUCUUCUAGUGGAGGAGGUGGUGGAAUUGCCGGCAAUUCUGCUGCCCCUGCUGAGACAUAAGUCUCUGAGACUUGGGGACAGAACACUUCCUGCUCAGACUGGAUUCAAGCUAUUCUUAGCAACGCGUAGGGAUGGAUUGGACACUCUUCCCAGUGAGGCUGAUGCUGUUUUAUUCAAGAUCACCCUUGGAGCGGGGAGCAGAAGUCUUGCUGAAAGAUUUGUCGAGAAGGCCUUGCUGCGGGACACUCCAGAGUUGGAGAAACAGAGGCGAGAGGCCCUGGAGCUUGAAGAGAAACUCUCGGGGGAGAGGGACACAGCGAGACUAGAAUUGUUGGCCCAGUUGGGGGCAGCCAGGGGGCAGGAUCUUCUGCAGGAGAGCCAGGAUGGGGGUUUACUGAGUUCUUUGGAGACUACUCAGGCUAAAGCCAGGGAAAUUGCCAAAGCUCUUGAGGAGAGUCGACGGAGAAGGGAGGAAGUCUCCAAGAGGUCCAAGGAGCACGAGAAACUCGCCAAGUUUGCGGCCGGGGUGUUCAAGGCGGUGAAAAGCCUUACGGCCCUCAGUCCUCUUUAUGUCUUCUCAGUUGAAGCGUUCACGGAGAUCUACUUGGAGGCUGAUGCACAACGGGAACAGGGGGGCAGCAGUGACAAGAAGGAACAGGAGACUUUUGUGGAGAAGAAGCUGGUGGCCUUGACGCUUCACCAGUGUAGCAAGGCUGCCUAUCGAAAACACAGGCUCCCAUUAGCCCUCCACCUGUCAUUGUCCCUCGAGCCGGUUCCCGAGAAUGAGCGAAAUCUCCUGCAAGACGGAGUAGUCAUAAAAAAGGAAGACACAGACUUGAAAGUGCCCGACUGGGUCCCUGAGGAGCGGAGGUCCGCUGUAAAGGCUCUAGCCUCGACCUUGUCCCAGGUGGCUUCAAAGAUAAAGCCCGACUGGCUGGAAGAUCCAAGGAAUAUCUACAAGGAUCCGACACUGACGGCUUUUCAGAAGGUACUGGCUGUGCAGGCCCUCCGGCCUGAUCACCUCCACAGUGCGCUCACUAAAUUAACGACUGAGCAACUGGGGGUGCGGGAUCUGGCACCACCUCCCUGGAGUUUAGAAAAAAUCGCAGAGAGGGGACAGAGACCUGUUUUACUCUUGUUGUCACCUGGUGCUGACCCUGGACCUGAAUUGAGGGCUUUGGGGGCGAAGCUGAAACUGCCUGAGGGCUUCAUCGAGGUUUCAUUGGGGCAGGGACAGGUUGGGCAGGCUGAAGCUGCUCUUGAGAGAGUCUGCAGAAAAGGGGGCUGGGUGCUUCUCAGCAACCUGCAACUAGCCCUCAACUGGCUUCCUCGACUGGAGAGUCUCCUACGAGGCCCCAUAUGCACUAGAGACAAGAAUCCCGUCACUCGCAUUUGGCUGACUACAGAAGAAUGUAGGGGAUUCUACCCUGGGCUUGCUGGAAUCUGCGAGAAGGUGGCUUACGAGCCUCCAGAGGGUGUUAAGAGGAACUUGAAGAGGUCCCUAAAGCAAUUGCAGCAGCAGAAGAGCCAAGGGAAUAAUUCUGAGGGACUUUUUGUCCUCGCUUGGCUGCAUGCUGUCUUGCAAGAGCGCAGAAGAUUUGUUCCUCAAGGAUGGAUUCGUCCUUACGAAUGGAGUGAAGCAGACCUGGAAGCAGCUCGCGAAUUAGUAGUGAGUAAUCCCCAAACGUCGAAAUCAGAAGUCAAUCUAGACUGGGAGGAGGGCCGAGGGCUCCUGGACAUAGCCAUUUAUGGUGGGCGGCUCCAGGACGAGUUCGACAUGCGAGCACUAGGUGCCAUUCUGCGAAAUACAUGGGCCGAAGAAAUCUUCCAGGGGAAAACCAAACUGGCAGGACUACUGUCUGUGCCAGAGGCUUGCAGGCGAGACUCUGGGCGAUCCAUCGAGCAGUUACCAGACUCUGACCCACCUGUGGAGUUCUUUGGACUUCCUGCCAAUGCUCUGAGAGCCUGGGAGCGAUCCGCCGCAGAAACAGCGAUCUCUGUGUUGAAGUCCAUGAGCUCGAAAACCUCUUCCAGCAUGGAGAGGAGAGCUGCAAGGAGAGUUGAGUCGAAACUCCUGAGAGAUUUGAGUAAUUACAUUGAACAACAAAAUUCGCAUGUCAAAGGGGUGGAGGGGAGUCAGAGAGGAAAUAAUCCUCUGGAGAAUUUCUUCUUUGAUGAGAAGAUACUCCUAAACCGAUUGAUCCAUCUGGUCAAGAGUGAUCUUGAAAAUUCUGGAGUGGAUGGGGGAAAGAUUCCGAAAACUUGGCUGGAAGAGUGGCCUGGAGCACCCAGAGAGCUUUUACUCUUCAUAAAUGAAUUAUUAACGAGACAUAGGGCUCUAAAUGUUCUGGAGAAUGGAAUACCUCGGAUUGUCGACCUCUCCUCCAUCACUAGACCUAGGGCCUUCUUAGCUGCACUCAAGCAAUUUACUGCUAGGGAAUCUUCGUCAUCACUGGAGGGACUCGUGUUGAGGGCUCACUGGGUCCAUGAGACUAAAAAGAAUGAGUGGGAGAAUUCUAUUGUCAUCGAAGGACUGCUUAUAUCAGGUGCGACAAUCAGGGGAGGUUUCCUUCACGAAUUAGACUCGAAUUCACCUCCAAUUGUAGCUGCGCCUCGAUGUCAACUGUCAUACGUACCUGGAGAAACGGAUGAAGACGAUACGAUAUACAAUAAACACAGUUUGAAGCAUCAAAUGCUAGAAAUUCCUGUUUACUGCGACUCACAGAGAAAUGAACUCAUCUGUUCACUUCCAGUUGGAUGCCCCAGCGAGGAUCGCGACGAGUGGCUGAGACGAGGGGUGAUUAUUCAUCUCGGAGGGCACUAGUGAAUUUCAUUCUACUCUUGAGUUAUUGUCUAGUCACUACGCUAAUGCAGAUUAAUUUCCAUUCACUCUCGAUAAUUAACUUAUGAUGAAUGAGUUACUAUUCGUAAAGUGCUUUAUUAUCGUAAAAUUUAAUAAACUUUACAGCGCAAAAAAGUCUCUGUAUUUAUUCGUUUGUUUUUCAUUUUUAAUCGAAGAAAAAAUAUAAUGGUCUCGUCAUUAUCAAUUACAAGAUUCUCUUGGAUAAUGGAUUCUUUCUCUCACAUUUUCACUCGUUAUAUCGUUUGGAUUUUUUCUUUCGUCAUACAGUAGCUAACGAUUACAAUAAGUAGACAUUACGAAGUACGUUGAGAUUCCAUUGGAAAGUACUGAAAAUAGUUUGUCAAUUCAAUCUAACGAUUGACACACAAACAAAUUAUUAGUAAUGAAAAAAAUAUAUUCACUAAUUAGUCGACAUUAAUGAGUGAAUCACAUGAUUGUUGAUAAUUAAAUUGAUGAAAAUCGAAUUAAUGAAAGAUUUAUAUUAUUCAAACAAUGGGAUAAUAACAUUUGUAACUAAUUUAAAUAGUAAGAUAUCCAUACUGUUUUUACUUCCUCCGUUAUCAGCGCAAAAAAAUGUCGUUCAUUUUGUAGACUCACAGCAACAUUAUCACCAUUUUCCAUCGACUCAUCUUCAUUUUCUUUCUAUUUACGUUUAUUACAAAUAUAAUUUGCAAGAAGACCUUUUCAUUUCUCUCUCCUCAUUCCCAUUGAACGUCUAUUUUUUCAACAACUGGAGUUAUCUCGCUAUGGAAAAAUAUUCGACGUUAAUAAAUACAACAGGCCACGCACGAGAAAAAUUCGUUGAAAAACCUAGCGAAUUCGGUGGAAAAAUCAAUGGUAUUGAAUGAAGCAAAUCAGCAGAAUUUGUUUGCCCAUUCAUUUUUCAUCUCUCAUAAUAUGAAAAACAAAUAGAUUAUUUGAAAAUUUCAUUUCUUGCCAGAAAAAAUCAACUCUAUCAAUUUCAAGACCACCUGCUGUGCUAUCUGUUAAGAAAAUAGGAAUUGGGAUGGAAAUUCAAUAAAAAGUUUCCAGAAAGAACUGCAGGGUUUUCAAUGAAAUUUUUUAAUACGUAAAGUCUCGAAUCGAACAGGCAAUCAUCCAUGAUUAUUACAAUCUAGUAGGAAUUUUCAAAAUAGUGUUUCUCCCCCUCUAUUCAAUUCAUUCAACACACAGAGGAUUUGUAGAAAAACAUUUGUCUCUUUGAUUAAAUACAAUGUUUCGUAAUUUCAAGAUUUUUUUUUCUAUAUAUUGAGACAAGUCUUUGAUGAUUCAGUGACAGCGUCUAAGUUAAUCCUUCAUAUUUCGUUAAUUAAUUGAUAUUAGUCAGUAAUUCGAUAGACGAAUCAACUAGUUACUUAUCGGUAAAACAAUAACAAAUGAUAACAAUGAUAGAGAUUCGUAGAAUUAUUUGUUCACUCCUCUAGUGAUAAAACGAUUGUUUUCAAUAUGAUCUAGUUUUUUUUAAGUCAGUUAUUAAUCUCUUACGGUAUAUCAACAGGCCGCAAUUUUCCACUCUUCCUUUAAAAUACAUGUGAGGGUUUUUAUAAUACAUAUAUUGUUCAACUACGUAAAUUUUACAUAUUUUCCUUCCACAUUUUACAUCAUUUCCUCCGUCCGCCCUGUCUCGAAAUUUUACGGUCUCCGGUGGUUUUUUGUUCUCGGUAUCAAGUUUCAAUGAGAAUGUAAAAUAUCAGACGAAAGUAAAUUUUUCAACAGCUCCUAUUUCCUCGUCGUCUAUGGCAAAGAAUGCUAAAUUUCAAGCGCAAAUAAUUCGUAAAAUGAGACGAAAACA